UGCCUGAGAGGGACGGAGGAAACGUUACCGCGCAGACUAACGUGACCGUUUUUCUGAGACACACGGGAGAGGACACAAUGUCAAAGGAGACGAGAGGUAAAGGAUCAUCACGUAAGCACAGCGCCUCUCAUUGGUGUCUGCAGAAUAUUGCACAAGAAUCAGUUGACAGCUCCGAUGACGAGUUCUUUGAUGCCAGAGAUGUUAUGGAGGGGAAGAGCGCCAUUCUGCUGGGCAUGAGUCAGUGGAACUCAAAUGACCUGGUGGAGCAGAUUGAAACUCUGGGACACAUGGAGGACCAGUCACAUGAGGGUCUCUACCAGCUGGGGGGUCCACGCUGCCCCCCUCAGAGCAGCAUUGAAGGACUGGAGGAAAUAGAGAGGAAAUGUAAGACGCAUGUGCUGCUGCUAGUGGUGCAUGGGGGAAACAUCUUGGACACAGCAGGCGGAGACCCCAGCACAAAGGCUGGCGAUGUGGCCACCUUGACGUCAGUGCUGGAUAAGGUGACGUGGGCGCAUUUCAAGGCCGCCGCCGAACACGUGAAGAUCCAGCUGGUGCCAUGUCCGGCCGUGUGUGCUGAAGCCUUCUCCCUGUUGUCCAAUCUGAACCCAUACAGCUAUGACGAGAGCUGUGUGUCCAGUAGCGUGGACCACCUGCCCCUGGCUGCCCUCCCGCUCCUUGCUAUCGUCUCACCUCGCUACCAGGAUGCUGUUGCCACAGUGAUCACCCAAUCCAACCAGGUCUACCACAGCUUCCUGCAGUCAGAGGACGGCCAGGGAUUUACGGGUCAGGUAUGCCUGAUGGGCGACUGUGUGGGAGGUGUGCUGUGCUUCGACGCUUUGUGCUUCAGCAACCACCAGAGGCCUGGCAGCCCCAACAACAGCAGCAGAAACAACAGCACUGAGAGCCUGAAGGAUAACUCGGGCCUACUCGGGGAGUCCAGCCCGGGUCUGAGUUCUAGCAAGAGGCUCAGCAAGAGCAACAUUGAUAUCUCCGCCCCCAACGAAGGGAACGGCCAGUGCGGGCCGCCGCUCAGCCGUAAGCAGAGCGACUCUUAUGACGGAGACACCUCGUCCACGGGCCAGCACAGCUUUUUUUCCAGUUUGAUGAAGGACAGUGUGGAGGUGCGUGGAGGCAGUAGCACCAGUCUGGUGUUGAAUCCCGGUCGAUUUGACUUUGAAGUGUCAGACUGCUUCCUGCUGGGCUGUCCACUGGGCCUUGUGCUGGCCAUGAGACGCACUGUGCUGCCUGCUGUCCAGGUAAGUCAGCUGCAUCCAGCCUGCUCUCAGAUUUUCAACCUGUUUUACCCUUCGGACCCUUCAGCCUCCAGACUGGAGCCACUGCUGCAGCCUCUCUUCCACAAGUUGCCACCAUAUGCUGUGCCGCGCUAUCAGCGCUACCCUCUAGGAGAUGGACGCUCUCUGCUAAUAGCGGAGAGUAUCCAAGGCCAUUCAAAUGUGUUUUUGGAAGGUGAGCAGUCUCCUAAAGGUCCAGCUUCACAGACGUCCUCUGAGACAAAGACUGAAGGAGGAGGAGGAGGAGGAGGAGAAGAGGGAGGUCGUAGAGCCAGCGUGACCAGUGUGGAAAGUGAAAUGUCGAUUUGCUCCAUUGGCCAGCUGGGAAACACUAUCGCGAACAUUUCCGGUAGCUGGUGGGGUUCCAAAAGGCUGGAUUAUGCUUUGUACUGCCCUGAUGUGCUGACAGCCUUCCCAACAGUGGCUCUGCCUCACCUUUUCCAUGCAUCCUACUGGGAGUCCACUGAUGUAGCAGCCUUUGUUCUCCGGCAGCUCAUGCGAUGUGACUGUGUGAAGACCCAGGAAGUGGACAAGUUGGGCUCUGCUCUGUUCUCUCCCUCCAGCCCACGCGAAAAAUGGCUCAGACGCAGGACACAUGUCAAACUAAGGAACGUCACUGCCAACCACAGGGUGAAUGAUGUCAUUUCCACUGAGGAUGGGCCUCAAACUCUGGUUGGUCGCUUCAUGUACGGUCCCUUGGACAUGGUCACUCUGACUGGAGAAAAGGUGGACAUCCUGCUAAUGACACAACCUCAGUCUGGACGCUGGGUGCACUUUGAUACGGAGGUGACCAACAGCAGCGGCAGAGUGGCAUAUACCAUACCCAAGAGCAAGAAGCUCGGCCUGGGAGUCUAUCCAAUUAAAAUGGUGGUCAAGGGCGAUCAAACUAGUGCAGAGGCCUACCUGACUGUGUUGCCACGGAGCAUGGAGUGUGUGGUCUUCAGCAUCGAUGGCUCUUUUGCUGCUAGUGUGUCAAUCAUGGGCAGUGACCCCAAGGUUCGCCCCGGAGCUGUUGAUGUCGUCAGGCAUUGGCAGGACCUGGGAUAUCUGAUCAUCUACAUCACAGGCCGCCCUGAUAUGCAGAAGCAGCGUGUGGUGUCCUGGCUCUCGCAGCACAAUUUUCCCCAUGGGAUGAUCUUUUUUUCUGAAGGCUUGGUUCAUGAUCCCCUGCGACAAAAGACCAUCUUCCUCAGGAACCUCAUACAGGAGUGUCACAUUAAGAUCAACUCUGCUUAUGGCUCCAUGAAGGACAUCUCUGUUUACAACAUGCUCGGCCUCUGCCCCCAACAGAUCUAUAUUGUUGGCAGACCUUCGAAGAAGUACCAAAAUCAGUGCCAGUUCCUGAGCGAGGGCUAUGCAGCGCACCUCUCCACCCUUCAGUUUGGGCACAGAGCCAGACCCAAAAAAUCCCCUUCAGUUCGUAUGGUCUUAAGGAAAGGCUCAUUUGGUCUCUCAGCAAAGCCGGACUUCUUGUGUAAGCGCACCCACCUGCGCAGGACCAUGUCAGUGCAACAGCCCGACCCGCCGUGCACACCCAACCCAAAGCCUGAGCGAGCCCAGAGCCAGCCGGAGUCAGAUAAGGACCACGGGGGAGGAGGCGGACAAGGCCCAUGGGGACGGCCCUCCAUACUUCGUGGAGACACCACUCCCUGACAUCCAAAAAGAGAUGGAAGGAUUGCAGGAGGAUAGAAGAGGAGAACAAAGCGGUCAUAGUGUCCAGGGCCAAUUGUCACCUCUACCUACUGUACAUGUACAUUGGAUCCUCUGCUGGUAUCCCUCGCAGCUCAGCUUUACCUCCUGCUUGGCCCUCCACACUUUGCCACCUGUUCGGCUCUUCUUUUAUUUUCGUGACCCGCGCUGCGGAUUACAUCACUUAGUCUUUGUGCCUGAAACUUUAAACAGUUGCCGAGGGAUGGCAAUGAUUUUUGCGAAUGUCUGUGGGAAGUUAAAUUGUGUCCAAUUGUAAAAUCAAAAGAAUGUACUUGAGAUAAUUGAUAUAUAUAUUGAUAUAUAAUUGAUAUU